AUGCUCGAUCGCCUUGCCAAAAGAGCAACACUACUAUCGAACAAUGUUCUAACAGUGGCUACAGAUCUUGUGUCCUACUUCCAUGAGCCAAAAAAGCCAUCGUGGGAUAUACGUACGACAUUAUUAUGCUCUUUGCUGCAAGCUUUGACAUCACAUGGCCAGUUAGGCGAAUUACAGAUUGUGCGCUUUUUUACCAGUAUUCCAACCAUACCACCACCAUUUUCUUGCAACAUACACGAAAUUACCUUUGUUGCACAAUAUAGAAGCUUGCCUGGGAUCCUAAAAGAGCUCGACGAAACUGAGCUCAACACAAGGGAGAUACAAGCGGAAUGGAUUGUUGAUAAAUCAAUUGGACCUAUGGAAAGAAUUUUACAAUCUGGAAACCGAUCUCAUGUAGUCGAUGUAGUAGAAGAUAGUUCUCCAAGAGUGAUUUUGUAUGCACAUGGAGGUGCCAUGGUACUCAUGAGCACGAAAACACAUCGGCAUCUUACGCAUAAUAUCAGUAAGCAUACAGGAUUACCAGUGUUUUCUAACUUCAUUUGGCGCUCUCAUAGGCUAGCACCGGAACAUCCUUUCCCAGCAGCUUUACAUGAUAUCGUUUUAUCCUUUUUGCAUCUAAUUGACAAAAAGGAUGGGUAUGGAUAUGAUGCUCAAAACGUCAUGAUUAUGGGAGACUCGGCCGGUGGAAGUCUUGCAUUAUCUAUGAUGCUAUACAUGCGGGAUCAUGGACUGCCUCUACCUGGAGCAGCUUCGCUCUUGUCUCCUUGGGUUGAUCUGUCGAUGAGCCAUGCUAGUUGGAGUAACCAAAAAUACGAUUAUCUUCCGUUGUUGACAGAGGAUCAUCCAAUUCAUGCUACAAAAAUGUACCUAGGAGCUCACCGAUAUCCAUAUUUAAUAACACAUCCUUAUGUUUCGCCAUUAUACGCGGAUAACUUCGACGAUCUUCCGCCUAUCCUAUUACAAGCUGGAGGUUGUGAAUGUUUACACGACGAAAUUCAAGAAUUGGCGACAAAAAUCGCUCAGUCUAAUACAUAUGUUCAACUCGAAAUUUACGAGGACAUGAUUCAUGUAUUCCAAGCAUUCCCAUUCCUUAAAGCAUCUAAAAAGGCAUUGCAAAGUAUUGGUUGGUGGAGUAUGCAUGCUGUGAACAUAAUUCAUAAAUGGCAAAGAGAAGUCAUUUCGUUACAGCGAGAGCUGGAGCGCGUAAAAUCACUGCAGAUUGUAACAUAA